AUGUCUAUCGUGUACAGUGAGAGCAGUCAUCAUGCGGACGAAGAUGAACCAGACAUCCCUGAGGAUGACUAUGCCCCGUCGCAUUCUCCAUCUGUUGCACAGUCUCGCUCUCAGUCCAUCGCUGCCUCUCAUGCUGAUUCUCGCGAGUUGCUGAUAUCAGGUACCAGGACUCCUCAUGGAGCCUCCUGCUCCCAAAUCUACGACCUCUGUUGUUUCCCAAUCUGCAACCUCCACCAUUUCAAAUUUACCCAUGCAGUCACUUCCCAGCCUCCCCCUGCAGCUGCCUCCCAACCUACACCUCCAGUUACUGUCGAAACCCACAGACGGAAGGCUGAACCUGUUAAAGACAAUGGGAAGGGGGGGAAAAGACCCCUAAGGCCACCAUCUCUCAAGGCAACGACACCCAAGAAUGAAGCUCCCCUCCGCUGUCUCGCAAAGCCAUGCCAAAGACUGGACGUUAAGUUUUCAGAGUCACCCAUGCCUGCACUUCGGGAAGCCCAGUACUCGUUGCUUCUCAAUAUCGCCCCUGAAAUAUUUCACGAGAUAACGAGAGAGCUCUCAGUUGAGAUUGCACAAGAGACAAGUGUGGAGGGCCCUCCAUCGUCUACCAUGCCGGCAGACACUGUUCCUCUCGAGUUCAUCUCUACAGAAGCUCUCAGGGACCUUGUCAUGAUUGCAGAGGUUUCUGAGGUGUCUGCUGAGCAGUCCACGGAGAUAACUCUUACCGUCACAGAGACGCAAUCCAAUGAUCUGGGUAUUGACAUUUCUGUGCCCGCACUCGAGCUCAAUUUCACAUCGGGAGCACCAGCUGAAUCAGCUGAUGACACUGGUGAUGGUGGUUGGGGCAUUGAUGAUAGUUGGAAUUCCACUCAAGUGAAGGAGGCGGUCAGUUCUACCCCCACCUGGGGUUCCUCUGGUGGAAUUCGUACCCGCAUUGCAUUACCUACUUCGCUGUACCUACAUAGAUAUCUGUAUAUUGCCGACAUCGGAAACACACUCAGACGGCAGCCUAAGGGAAUCUAUGCAUUGCAGAAUAGCGCAGCAAAAAUGACGCAUCAUGACGAUGCCUCCGCCAGAUACUUGUGCGACAAUCAUCCAAUCUGA